AUUUGAAUGUUUACGAAAACGAAAGACACGAAUUCUGGUCAAAAUUUUCUAUCAUAUAUAAGAAGACCACUAUGUAUUUGUAGAAAAUUAAUUUCUCUUCACUCAACAGAAAAGGUUACAGAAAAUGCAUUCCUUAUAACAUUAAAAUAAAAAACUGAGUAAUAUAUUUAAACAAAGAUGACGUCAAAUAAACCUGCCAAAGGCAUUCCUGUUGCAUCUAAAAUCCCUUCAUCAGGCAGAGAUAGUGGAACACAUUCAAGAUCUUCAUCUGUUUCCAAUCUUACCACAGCUUCUGAUCUUCAUUCUGAAGCAGGAGAUGCUGCAUCUGAAAUCCCAGUCGACUUCAAGGUAAACGAUCGAGUUUGGGUGAAUGGCUCCAAACCUGGAGUCCUCAAGUUCCUUGGAAAAACACAGUUUGCCCCCGGUGUAUGGGCUGGAGUGUUGCUGGAUGAAGCAAUUGGUAAAAAUGAUGGCUCAGUUGCUGGUGUGAGAUACUUUACUUGCCCUCCUCAGAAAGGUAUUUUUGCUCGACCUCAGAAGCUAACCAAGACAGCUGGAGAAAUUUCUGAAACCGGUGAUACACCUACACCUAAAGUUCCUACUACCCCUAGAAAUCCUGGUUUCGCUACUCCAACCAGUCGAGGACUCACUGCCUCAAAUCUUUCACUCAGUAGUACAAAAGGAGCCUGUUCACGAUUACGAGUAGGGGAAAGAGUUGUCGUUAGUUCCACCACUGGUGAUAAAUCCGGUAUUUUAAAAUUCCUUGGUACAACAGACUUUGCCAAAGGAGAAUGGGCUGGAAUUGCUCUUGAUGAACCUGUUGGAAAGAAUGAUGGAUCUGUUGCAGGAAAAAGAUAUUUCACAUGCCCAAUGAAAUAUGGGCUGUUUGCACCGGUGCACAAAGUUUCCAGAGCUGGUGGCACAGCUACUCCAAGAACUCCAUCUGUACGUGGUACACCACUCAUGAGAUCUAGUAGUAGAGAUUCUCUAAGUAGCUCUGUGAGCACCAGCUCAAAGGCAAGUAGAGUGAAGCUGGGUGUCACGUCACUUACUAACUCACAGCAGAGAGUUAGAAGUACUGGUGUGGGUUUAAUGACAACCAGCCGUGCUCUUGAAGAAGUAUUAAAAGAAAAAGAACAGCAUAUUGAACAGCUACUAAAAGAACAUGAUCUGGAAAGGACAGAAUUUGCUAAAGUUGUUAGUCAAUGUGAGGAGGCUGUAGCUAAAUACAAUGAAUUGUUAAAUCUGCAUCAGCAACAUGAAAAUGAGAAGAAAGACUUGGAACAGCAAUUAUCAUCAGAAAAAAGGAAACUUGAAGAUUUGCAAUUCCAGUUAGAUGAAGAAAAAAUUACUAGGGGAGAUUUAGAAAUGCAACUACAACAGCAAAGCCAGAUUAUAAGCCGACUUGAGAGUUUUCUGAAUGAAAAAUUAGAUCCUAAAUUUACUAAUAUAAAAGAAAUACUUAGUGGGAAAGAAAGUUUAAGUGAAGUUCCCGAACAACAAAAUGCUGAUCCUCAACUAGUUUUAUUUAAAGAAAAAAUAGUUACUCUUGAAGCAGAUUUGCAAGUCCUAAAAGAUGAAAAAAAUAAAUAUGUGCAAGAAGUGGAGGAACUGAAAAAACUGUUAGACAAAUCUAAUGAGGAACACAAGAAUCUCUUAUCAUCAUUAGACAACACAAGUCAAGAAAAAGAAGAUAUAAUUUCAAAUUUAAAAUCUGAGUUAAAUACUCAGCUUGAAAAAGUAACUAAACUAAUUGAAGAAAAUAAAGGCUUGAAUGAGCAGAUUGCACUUCAUACUGCUGCAACAACAGAUAGUAAUGAUAUUGUGAAAGAAUUAGGAGAGAAAAUUAAAUUACUAUCAGAAGAAUUAAGUGCAAAAGCUAAUCUUCUCAAAGAAGAUGAAAUUACCAUUCAAGAAAAGGAUACAAAAAUAUCAACCCUUGAUAAAAACUUGGAAAUUCAGACUCAAGAGCUUGCUGAAUUAAAAAACAAAAUUCAGAGUUUAAGUCAAGAUUUGGAACAAAAAACAUCUGAAUUGAAUGAAAAAUUAAGAUUGCAAAAAUCUCUUGAAGAGGAAGUUACAGAUAUGAAAACCCAACUUCAGUCUAGUAUUUCAGAAAAAGAGGAGAAAAUUCUUGGCUUAGUAAAACAAAUAGAGCAUACAACAAACUGCUUACAAGAAAAGGAAGAAGAACUGUCAAAGGCACAGAAUGAGAUUGCCACUUUACAAAAAGGAGCUCAUGAAAUCACAGAAACUAAUUCUCAGUUGCUAUUGAAAAUAAGUGACUUUGAAGAAAAAUUAUCAUCUAUGAGUAUGGAUAGUUCAGAAAAGGUUAUAUCCUUGGAAAGUAAAAUGAAGAAAUUGGUUGAGGAAAAGGAAGAUAUAAUGAAAAAAUUUGAAGAGGAAAGACAAUCAAAGCAAUCUGCGCUUGAUUCUUUAGUGAAUGACUUGGAAUCUAAAAAAUCAGCACUCAGUGAAAAAGAUUCUCAAAUUUCAUCCUUAGCAGAAACAGUGAAAGAAAAGGAAGAUGAGAUUUCCAAAGUACAAAGUGAGCUAAAUGCUACAAAGCAGUCAUGUGAUGCCCUCAAUGAAGAAAAAGCAGCACACAUAAAAUCACUUAAAGAUAAGGAAGAGGUUUUAUCUAAUACAGAAAAGCAGCUCUCUGAGAAAGUGAAGGUGAUAGAAAAUUUGAAUGAAGAAUUGGGUGUUAUACGUAAAGAAACAGAUUCAUUACAAAAUAUCACAAAACAAAAGGAAGAAGAAAUUUCUCAGCUGAUUUCUAAGUUGCAGACUGCUGAGAAGAAUGUUGAAAUGCUGAAUAAAGAUAGUACUGAACAUGUGACUUUAUUACAAAAUGAGCUGUCUAAGCUAAAAGAAGAAAAUACUCAAUUGAAAUCAUCUCUUGAACUGAAAAUAUCUGAAAUUCACCAAGAAAAUAAAAACUUGUCUGAUGAAAUUAAUAAAAAAAUUGAUAUAAUUGGAGAAAAGGAAGAAUCUAUAAUAAACUUAGAAAAAGAAUUGAAAAUGAAAGAAGAAGAAGUUUCUCAUUUGAAAGAGCAAAUAUCGAAGCAAGAUGAAGAUAUUGUUGCUGCUGGUAAAGAAAAAGAAGCAUUGUUAGCUCAUAGUCAGCAGCAAUCACAAUCUCAGAAAGAACAAUUUGAGUCAGAUUUGAAAAAGAAAGACGAAUUGCUUUCUAACUCAGAAAAGCAAUUAUCUGAAAGGAAGGAAGAGCUAGAUAAAAUGAGGGAAGAACUUGUUAAUGUAAAGAAAGAGCUUGAUUCACUCCAUUCUCUUUUGAACCAGAAAGAUGAAGCAAUUGCCCAGCUAACUUCUAAAUUACAGCUUGCUGAACAGAACGUUGAAAUGUUAAAUCGGGAUAGCAGUGAACAUGUAACUACAUUACAGAAUGAAUUAUCGAAAUUAAAAGAAGAAAGUGUAAGGACUAAAACUUCCUUAGAGCAGAAAUUAUCUGAACUUCAAAAAAUGAAUGAACAGCUGUCAAAUGAAAUUAAUGAGAAGAAUGCUAGUUUCGAAGAAAAGAAAGAAUCACUUUUAGCCUUAGAAAGCAAAAUAAAAUCGCAAGAAGGUGAUAUUUGUAAUUUAAAUAAUGAAAUAGAAAAAUUCAAAAAAGAAAUAGUUGCUCUUUCAAAAGACAAAGAUGAAAUUGUAUCAUUGCAUGAGAAACAAUCUCAAACUCAAAAGGAACAUUUUGAUGCAGAAUUGAAAAAGAAAGAUCUGAAAUUAGCUGAACUUGAAAAUGAAAAUAAAUUACUGUCAAACGACUUAAGUGAAAAAAAUGUUGCUUUGGGAGAAAAGAAAGAGUUACUGCUGGGUUUGGAAAACAAGAUAAAAUCACAAGAAGAUGAUAUUUGUAAUUUAAAUAAUGAAAUUGAAAAACUCAAGAAAGAAAUAGCUGCUCUUUUCCAAAACAAAGAGGAUAUUAUAGCAUCACAUGAGAAGCUAUCUCAAACUCAAAAAGAACAAUUUGACUCUGAAUUGGAAAAGAAAAAUAAGAAAUUGAUGGAAGUGGAAGGAAAAAUUGAAGAUCUGACAAAGGUUCUUAAUGAAAGAGAUAGCAAACUAAAAGAAAAAGAGGAAGAAUUGCUCAAUAUGCACAGUUUGUUAGAAACCAGAAAUACAGAUGCGAAGAGCUUAUCUAGCCAGAUAGAAAAGCUAAAAGAAGAUUUGGACAAUGCAUUAAAAAAUAAGGAAGAAUUGUUAGCUUCCCAUACAACGCAACUACUAUCAACAAAAGAGAACUUUGAAAUAGAACUUAAAAAUAAAGAAAAGAUAAUAGAAGAAAGUCAAGGAAGAACAUCUGAAUAUAUCAAGUUAUUAGAGAUCAAAGAAAAAGAACUACAGCAGAAAGACAAUGAAAUUAAUACUUUGAAGAAAAUAUUAAAAGAAAAAGAAUCUCAAUUUGAUGAACUCGGUCAAAUGAUUGAGGCAUCUCAAGCUCAACUGAAAGCUCUAAAUGAUCAGAAUGAAGCUAAUGCGAAACUGCUACAAAGUAAAGAAUCAUUUAUUAAUGAUUUUAAAAGUGAAAAAGAAAAGCAGCUACAAGAACUAGAAGAGAAUUUGAAAAAAGAAAAUGCAAGACUACAGGAGGUACUUCUGAAAUAUGAAAGUGAUAUACAACAAAAACAAGAAAUAAUUUCAAAACUGAAUGCAGAAGCAGAAGAACAGAAAAAGCAGAUAGAGUUACUAGGAAGUGAAUUAUUGAAAAAUAAAGAAAUUAUAGAAAGAACACAGCAAAAUACCAGUGAACUACAUCAGACUUUAAUCAAUAAAGUUGCUGACUUAGAGGCAAAAUAUGCACAAGUGAUAGAAGAAAAGAAAAAGAUUGAAGAGGAAGAAGUUAAAGCUCGUGAUGCAAAGAAAGAUCUGGAAAAAGUAAGAGAUAACUUACUGCAAGAAAAGUCUCAGCAGCAGGAAGUGGUUAAAGAUCGAGAAACACAACUGGCAGCAUUGCAAGCUGAAGUUAAUCGUAUGCAGACAGAAUUUACAUUGCACAAACAAGAACUGCAACAAAAGCUCGAUGUUUCUGCUAUGGAAUUAGAGGCUGCUGCUGAACUUAAAACGCAACUGGAGUUACAGCACAGUGUUUUAGAAGAAUUGCAGCAACAGUUACAAAGUUCAGAAGAAAAAUGCAAAGCACUGGAGAAGCAAGUACAAAAUACAUCUGCUUUGUCUUCAGAAAAAACAGAGUUAUUGGAUAAAUUAAAUGAAUUGGAACUAUCUAAUAAAGAAAAGUCUGAAAAGUUGACAGAAAUUGAAGAGAAACAUCAAAGUUUACAAGAAUUGCUCAAAAAUGCACAAAACAGUCUUUUAGAAAAAGAAAUAGAGUGUACAUCUUUAAAUGAUCAGUUAUUGAGUUUGAAUGCUGAGAUUGAAUCCAAAGAAAGCAUUAAAUCGUCUAUGAAGUCUUUGGAACAAGAAAAUAUUCUCUUAAAGCACAAAAUUGAGAAGCUGGAAUCAUCUGGACCUGUAAAGAAUGUUAAUGAAUCUACUGCUGCAAAUACAAAUGAAUCAUUUGCUGAAGAGCGAGAUUCUUUACUGAGUCAGAUUGAUUUCUUAAACUCUAUAAUUGUGGAUAUGAAGCAAAAGAAUGAAAAUCUUCAGCAAGAAAUAGAGCUUCUCAAGUUAGGUUCAGAGAUAAUUGAUCCAAACCUCAAUGACACUCCAAAGAAGUUACCUCCAAGACUGUUCUGUGACAUCUGUGAUAUGUUCGAUUUACAUGACACUGAUGAUUGUCCAAAGCAAGAAUCAUUUGUUGAAGAUGAAGCAAUACCUCAUUUGAUACCUCAAGGUGCACGGCAGUUGGAAGAGAGACCCUACUGUAAUAGUUGCGAGAUGUUUGGGCACUGGACUUAUGAUUGUGAUGAGCAAGAAACUUAUUAAUGCCAAAGUAUUACAUAAUUAGGGGUUUUAAUUAAUGCAUUUUAAUUUAGUUUUGUGAGUUGAGCUCGUUUUUCAUUAUAAAUUGUUUCAAAACUCAUGUGAUUUGGCUUGUUAGUCAGCAUGUUUCAUGUUUCAUAAUUUAUUUAAUUUUAAAUCAUGAGUUUUAAUUAAAAAAAUACUAAUUAUUUAAUGGGCUUCUAUUCUGUGCAGCUAGAUAGAAUAUAUCCUUUUUAUACUCUUGUACAAAAUGUAAUUAUCAAUGAAAUAAUUUAUUAGAUAGUUGAGAUUAUAUGUUGAGCUACUAUAUUUUGCAGAAAGUUUUAAAAGUGUUGCUGUAUACAGAGUUAUCACUUUAUUCCUGUUUCAGAUUGAAGAAAUAAAUUAUUUUACAUCUU